AGGAAACUCAUCACACACACACACCCCUCUCUCUCUCUCUCUCUCUCUCUCUCUCUCUCUCUCUCUCUCUUGUUUUGACCAACUUACUGAGCUUCAAUCAAAUUGAGAGAGGGACAGAAGAGAGUUAAACAUUUGUUAAUAUGUAUGGGUGCAGUAAAGUAGUCUCUGGGGAAUUCGAUCUUCCUCUUAUUGAUCUCCGAAAUCUCUUGAGCUCUAACAAGGAGGACAGAGAAGCAUGUAUCAAUGGCAUAACAACAGCUUCUUCAAAGUGGGGGUUUUUCGGGGUGGUGAACCAUGGUAUAAGUGAGGAGUUAGUGAGGAGAAUGAGGAAAGAGCAGGGGACGGUUUUCGAGAUGCCUUUUGAGAGGAAGUCUAACUGCAAGGCCUUGAAUGAUUCUUACAAGGGGCAUGGUGCGCCAAAUGGAUCUUGCAUUGAGAACAUGUCAUGGUCCGAAUCCUUCCAUGUUCCUCUCUCUACAAUUUCCUGGGAGGAGGACCAUGCAACUGACCAAGAGUUCACUUCUCUUAGGUUGGUAUUGAAAGAUUACGGGGCAGCCAUGGGGAAACUGGCUCUCACGUUAGCUGGAAUUCUUGCCGGUAAAUUGGGCCAUUCGCUGGAGUUCUUCUCGGAAAAUUGCAAUGAAAUGACGUCUUUUGUGAGGAUGAAUCAUUACCCUCCAUGUCCUCUUUGGCCUGAAGUUUUUGGUAUAAUUCCUCACACUGAUAGUGAUUUUCUCACCAUAUUAUGCCAAGAUCAAGUUGGUGGAUUACAACUCAUGAAAGACUGCAAAUGGAUCUCUAUUAUGCCCAAUCCGGAAGCUUUUAUCGUCAAUAUAGGCGAUCUCUUUCAGGCAUGGAGCAACGGUGUGUACAAAAGUGUGGAACAUAGAGUGAUGGCUAAUCCAACGGCAGAGAGGCAUUCUACGGCCUUUUUCUUUUGCCCUUCCUAUGAUACUCCCAUUAUAACUCCCAUGCAACCUCCUCUCUACAAGGAAUUCACAUUUAGACAAUACAUGAAACAAGUGGUGGAAGACAUCAAACAAACGGGCCGUAAAACUGGUCUCACGUUUUCACCUGUGAAUGUAACCCCUCAAUUCAUGAAACAAAGAUGGUUCUCAUAAUUAUUAGGGUAAAAAAAACAUACAGCACGUAGAAUGCACGUCUGGAUGUAUAUUAUAUGUUGACACAUUUGGACAUAACUACUUGGGAAUGGUUUUUUUUCU